AAAAAUACGACCCGAAUAAAAGCCGCCUGCUCCGACAAAUAAAGAAUUCAAAAAAAGGAUUUUUGCUGACACCGGAACUUGUCUUGAUUACGACUCUGUAAAUCACUUCCAAGCACUUCGAGCGAUGAUUCAAAGCAAACCCUCACUUUUUUUGCAUUCAAGCCUUUCACUCAGUGUGAGCGGGUGUUUUCUCUGUGCAUCAGGAAACUUUCCUUUGCUUCAAUCAUUUUCAUAUCAUGACGCUCCCUGCCUUCUCAGACCAACAAGCAUAGUGCAGGGCUUUUGUUCGUCCUCCAAGUAUCCCACUAAUCACUCUUGGUCCAUCUUUCCUUUUUCCCUCUUCGUUGCUCUGCGGUUUGUAGUGAUAGCUUAACAUUUCUUCAUCUCCUCCUCCUCCUCCUCCUCCUCCUUAAGAUUGGCCAAACGAGAUAAAUACAGAUAAAGAGCGAUUUCUUUAUCCAUCUAUCAUCUCAGUGAAUGCAACUUUCUCAUCAUUGCCGGUGCAAUUUAUUGGAAAUUCGCUUUAAUCUAAAGGUAAACAGUCCCACCGCUGAAUCAGUCAACCAAUGCAAAGGAAUAUGGAGAAACAUUCCAAGGACGAUCCACUUUUCUGUCAACUUUGUCACGUUCGAACAAACAGUUUCAAAUUGCUAAGUGCGCACUUAUCCGGGAAGAUUCAUAUCCGAAAACUCAGAGAUCGCGCCCUUUUACACCAGAUCGCGCUGAGGGCCAGACAGAAGGCCAAAGGAAAGGCUGCCACACCCGGUAACGGUUUGGGAUCGACAGCGCAAGCUGUUCUUGUUUCUCAACAACCUCUGGAGCAGCAGUCUUCUUCAUCCAACGACCUUUUAUUUUGUUCCACGUGUUCGUUAAAGCUGAACUCGGCGGAACAACUGCAAAGUCAUUUACAAGGUUCCAAGCAUGCCAAGAAGGCCGCCAAUCCCAGGCAACAACUCUCUCCAUCUGGGUGCGGACCUCCACUACCAAAUUGUAUUGUAUCGCACGAAAAUGGACACAGCAACGUCGGCUUCAAAUGCAAAACGUGCAAUCUCACUUUGAACUCUGUGCCACAAGUGGUUUCACACCUAUCUUCUGACCGGCAUUUGAUGGAAUCGACUGAUCACCCCCCGGUCAAGCAAGCCAAAGCCUUGUCAAGUUACAAUCCGAGUGGAGCUGGCCUUGGCGCCAAGCUUCGCCAGCCUAAAACUGCGGAUAUGCAGAUGUGGCAGACUAAACCACCCGAUUCAACCGCCUUGUCCUUUGUCAAAGGAGGCCAACUUUGAGGCUCGAGUAAUGAAUUUGUAAUUAGAUUGGGUUCAAUGUAAGAGUGAAGACUUGGCAUAUUGCGGUUCACUUGGUCGAUGAAUGGGUUCCAACUUUUUCCCGAAUGAAAAUUUGUCUGGGAGACUAUGGCGGAUGCAACUUGAAUUCUUUGGCACGCCUUGCAUCUGUGAGCUCAAAAAUCAUGAGCGCUCAACAUGGCAUUGCAAUAUGUUGAACUCCGUUCGAUAAAACAAACCGCUGAAUUCCACAAAUAUAACGGUGGAGUGUCGAAAGCAGUUGCUUGUCAUUUUUUUUUUCAAAAACAUGAAAUACACUAGAAUUACAACCUUAGGAAUAAACAGCGU